UGCCUUACCACCGAUCCUGCUGGCUGGGAGGAUUGCAACGUGCAUUUCGCAUUCAGCACAGCAGCACUACUACUUCUCUCCAUUCGACCUGCCUUACAUCACCACUCGGCCAGCUUUGCGGGGCAGGAAGGCCUCCCAAUGCUGAAGAACUGGCAGCACAUGUGUCAUAUUUCACGCACCAAGGAUUCUCAUGUAUAACGCUACCGUCAUUGGGUUUUAAGUUCUCUUCACAGAGUCGCGAUCGAAGUUGUUACCGUCUUAUUCUGCCUCGUCUUGAUUGAUGCUUGGUUAGAGAUACUGACGGUCUUGCAUGCUUUGUUCAGCAUUGGUGUGUAGUGGUUGAGAAAAUAGUUGAAUUGGAUUAAUAUCGCGUUUCAGUCUUGAAUUCAAAGCUUUUUCCAGGUGAGACGUUGACAAUGGGGUUGUCAAAAACCACUCUCGUGGUUUUGGUGACGCUGCAAUGCCUGUUGUCAUGCGCAUACCUUGUGGCGGCCCAGGGCAGUUGGGCUCUGUUGAACAAAAAUGCGGGUAUAUCGUCAAUGCAUACUGCGGUUACGCACAUGAACACAGUCAUCAUGCUUGAUCGUACCAACAUUGGGCCCUCCGCAAUCAAGCUCCCCAACGGUCGCUGCCGUCAACAGGCUGCGGAGCGCAUCUCCAAGACUGACUGCUAUGCCCACUCCGUGAUGUUCAACCCAGCGAACAACCAGGUCCGCCCGUUGUAUGUGUACACGGAUACGUGGUGCUCAUCAGGGCAGUUCUUCGACAAUGGGAGAAUGGUGCAGACUGGGGGUGACUUCGAAGGCAACAGGAAAAUCAGGACUCUGCAACCAUGCGGCGCUGGAGGUAAUUGUGACUGGGUUGAACUCGGAGAGAACCUCGCAACCGGCCGCUGGUAUGCCUCCAACCAGCUUUUGCCUUCUGGUAUUCGGCAGAUCAUUGUCGGAGGACGCAAUACGCCUUCGUACGAGUUCUACCCCAAGAGGAAAGCCGGAGAAGGCUUUUUCAACUUGGGUAUGCUGGGAGGAUAUAACAAUCUUUAUCCUUUUGUGUAUCUGUUGCCGAACGGAGAUCUUUUCAUUUUCGCGGUCAGAAACUCCGUGCAACUGAACUGGAACUCGGGCAAGGUGGUGAGGGGAUAUCCUCAGAUUCCUGGAAACCCCCGUAACUACCCUUCUGCUGGAUCUGCUGCCAUGCUUCCCUUGACAUGGCAGACAAACUUCGGGUUCGCGGAGAUUAUGGUGUGUGGAGGCGCAGCCACUGGUGCCUCGAACUCUGGAAAUGCGAACGCACCCGCGUCGGACAGCUGCGGGAGAAUUGUGGCCACCGCUGGGAAGCCCAACUGGGCUAUGCAGAACAUGCCAAUUCGGCGUGUUAUGGGCGACAUGAUCAUUCUGCCGACCGGCGAUAUUUUGAUCAUCAACGGUGCCCAGAACGGAUAUCAAGGAUGGGGGAAGGCCAACAACCCAGCCUUGAAUCCCGUGAACUACAACCCCACGAAAAAGCAGUUCCAGGUGUAUGCGAAGACAAACAUUCCCCGCUUGUACCAUUCCACUGCAAACUUGCUGGCUGACGGAAGAGUGCUCCUGGCUGGAAGCAACACCCACCAGUUCUACACGUACAAUGGACAAUAUCCGACUGAGCUGCGAGUGGAGGCGUUCUCUCCUCCAUACUUGGGUGCAGGAUUCAACGGUGUGAGGCCUGCCAUCCAAGCGUAUCCCAAGCAGAUUAAGUACAAACAGGUGUUCGUCAUGACCUUCACUGUGGGCAGAAGAGCGGGCGGAGUGGAGGUGAACAUGAACAGCGCUCCCUACGUGACGCACUCCUUCGCGCAGGGUCAAAGGCAGAUGAAGCUGAAGACGUCAGUGCCUGCAAAGGCUGGCAAUGCCUGGUCGGUGCAGGUGACUGCAGUCCCCGGAAACACCAUCGCCCCUCCCGCAUACUACCUCCUGUUCGUGGUCCAGAACGGCAUUCCCUCCAAGGGUGUGUGGGUGAAGCAGAACAACUAACUGCGCCUUCAUGACGACUGCCGCAGUGUAGUUAAAGCUCGGUGUAGAAUAUUGAACUGGUGAAUAAAUGGAUUGAAGUUUUAUUCCUCUGUGUCAGCCCUUCCAGGACUUGUAGUGUUAUUGUAGGUUGCAUUGUCGCGACGCAUUCGCCUAGGUAGAGUUGAGCGUCUGCUGGUGGCUUGUGGAGUUUUGGAUUUUGUUCAGUAGAUCAAUGCGAGGACAGUGGGGAUCUUUGUAAAUUGAGCACGGAUGUGGUACAUGGGGCGGUCAGAAGUCCAAGAAUAAUUGGUUAUUGUGUUCAAAGACAAUAAAAAGGUGGGCCGUAGCGUUGUUCUGCUGGCACCGCAUUAGAUACCUGAAUAAAGCUGGGCUGUACCGACGAGGUGAGGUUGAAGUCCAGCACGAGGUGAGGUUGAGGUCUAGCACGAGGUGAGAUUGAAGGUCGUCAUCGACUACGAAGUCCAAAAGGUCUGGGCUAGGGGGUUUCUUACACAGCGAAGCUGUCUAUGGACCAGGUUGAAUAAUUUAGAUACCGCAGCCGCAUGAACAAUGUGCGUGAGUGGCGGUGAUCGUCUUUUUUUCCUUUCCAAGGACUCCUGGAGUCAACCAGGGACUGGGCCUUGGAAGACGAUAAGGGCCCAAUGGGGCCAUGUAUUCUUCGCACACACAAUUUAUUAACUCUGCUGCAGAACACACUCUGCUUCUGUUUUCAUUUC